AUGCUCUCCAAGGCUCUUGCAGUAGCGAACAAUGCUGUGUUACUUGACAACGCCCAGAAUAUCGAGGGCGCUAUUGAAGCAUAUGCUGAAGCUUGUGAUCUGUUACAACAAGUUCUGAUCCGGAGCUCGGUCCUCGACGAUCGGAAAAGGUUGUCUGACAUUCGAAAUGCGUAUUCGAAGCGAAUAGCCGACCUUCACGAUCUUGACGAUUCCUUCUCCGAACUCAUGGAGAAAGCCUUACCAGAAGAUCCUCCUCUUGAUGAAACUAACAACUCUUUCUUUACUAGUGACGGCGUUGAACUAGAUACCACUGAGGUUUUGGAGUCUGUCCAGAUACCUCCUCGACAAGAAUCUUUACUACCAGAAAUAUACGGCGGAGAGUCAUAUCUCAAGGAGUCGGCGAACCGCAAGAGAAUACAGAUACCCAGUCUUGCAGUUCCUAUGGAUGCGCAGUAUAUGCCGCCACCUCUUUCGCCUAGAAGAGCGGCAUCUCCAAUCUCGGAACGGGAUGCGAACACACCUCUUGCUGCUAGGGAAGCUAGUGGAAUCCCAAAAGGUGCUCUCCAUGCUCGAGAAGGUAGCACGGAGUCUACUUCCUGGUUGGACACUUUCGAAGAUGGCGACUCGUCAACUUCUCGGUCGUCUCGAUUGUCAUCUUUGAAUUUCGGAAUCCAUACCACUCACAACAUUGUCGACGAGUUCGAAGCAGAGUUCGACGCAGCAGCUCUUGACGCUGCUGUAGACGCUGCCUAUGAUGAUAACCUGACAGAGGAGCCCACUCCGAGGCCGGAUAAGAGCGUACGAGAUUUCAAUGAGGAUUUCGGCACUCCCGUACCCGCUUUGGAAAUGGCCUCCAAAGAUCAUUCCAUUCUGUCAUCCGAUGUUGAAUUCACUCGAGAGUAUGAUGAGGGCGAUUCAUCGGAGGAAGAGGAACGAUUGCUAGAAGAGAUGACGAAGGGAUUUGUCUUUGAUGAUUUUUCCUUUGAUAAUAAAUCAAAAUCGACCCUUCCUCGACAAUCAGACUCGAGUACGUUCUCAGGCAGGACGUGGACAAGCUCACUUCCGUCAACAACUGCAACAAAUAAUACUACGUUGAGCACACUAGCAGAAUCGCAAGAGACUCCAGCAGAAACGUCCCCGCGACCAGUUCCCCAGGCCAAAGACGCUCCUUUGACGUCCCCUCAAAAGGCAGCCCUUCCCCAGGCACCGCACCUAGCACUCCCGGCCCAACAAUCCAGCAUACCAGCCAGUACAGAGAAGCAUAGUGGACUGAAUAUUCGCGAAAGGAGAUUCUCGGGUCGAAGUGGGGAGCAACUGAAGAUCGAGACUUUCGCACGACGAAACUCUUCGACCAUUCCCGUCAAGCCUAUUGCGGCGCCUCUGCCCGUCCCAGAACUAGACGUUCCCGAGGAACAGCCAAAGGUGCUGCAGACCGCCCCAUCGGAAUCCACAGUCCCCGCUCUACCGCCCAUUACGCCCAUGACGACGUUGCCGUCUAAUGAUUCUGUUCAAAGUGAUUCUCCAGCCACUCCUGCCUUGACGCAAGGAGGGUCUCAGGGCAGCAUCGAGGAUUCCGUAGUCAUGCCCCCGUCACCUGCGAAACUGGGAAAAAUGGGCCCCCCCGCAGCCGUGAAGAAGAAUCUGUCGUCUUCGAGCUUGAGAUUGAGAAAUCUGUCGGUAGCAACGACAGAAACAAGUACAGAGUCUCCUAUCACACCGGUUAGCGCUGGUUUUGGAGAGAUUAAAAAGGUUGUGCCGCCACUUCCAUCAGCCGCGUUGCCGACACCAUCAACAGCUGCUUUUGGCCCUCAACUCCUUCAGACUGGUGGGAUGUACUUGUUCGAUGAUCUGACGGCUCCGGGUCCACCGAGGACUCCCAGGACCCCUGAUGCUCCAAGCUUUCCCCCUCCUCAACUACUUGAGCCUUGCCCCGAAUCUUUCCUUCUCCGUCCUUUCUGGUUGAUGCGAUGUUUGUAUCAGACGCUUGCUCAUCCUAGUGGCGGAUACCUUACAACGAAACUAUUCAUACCCCGGGAUGUAUGGAGGGUGAGGAACGUCAAACUCAAAGCUCUUGAUGAUAAAGUGUCACAGUGUGAUCUGUUAACGGCAGCAUUGCUCAAACUUGCCAAAGUCGAUACUUUUGACGCUGACUCGGUUCUUGACGAGUUGCAGUCAUUCGAAGUGGUUCUGGACCAGGUCCGAAACACGUUGCAGAAGAAGAUGGGCAGCGAGGUUGGCUUUUCGGGGUCAUCCAGCCUUUUCAAGUCAGUUGGCGAAGAUCAAGAGACCGGUAAAUCGACCAGCACUGCCGCGAAAUCUAUCGCAUCCAGCUGGCGCAAACUUCGGUCAAAAUCAAGUGCCCCAGCUAUGGGAAAUCAGAGUGGGCAGAAAGACGGGUCUAUGUCUGGUCCCAGUAUGACCUCUUUACCAAUGACUUCGUCUUCGUCUGUGCCUUCAUCGCGGUCACAUCUGAACCGCAAGAUCGCACCGCCACCUACACCGACACAGUUGAUCAACGUUCAACCGGUCAUCGCGACUUACAUGUCGAGCUUGGCACGCCUCUUUGAUGCAGCGCAAGUGCUCGAUGGAAUCGCUCGACAGGUAGAAGACCCUGGACUGAAGUGCAGUAACAAAACCCAAGUUGGGUUGGAGUUGGGUGUCAAGAAUGCUGCGGAGUUUUUUGCAUUCUUCAUCGUUCGGUUCGUGAUGGCGGAUUUGAUGGUGAUGGUCGACAAAUUCCUGAAGAGAGGAAGUGAGUGGGUUCUAACUUGA